AUGCUGAGCAACAUGAACUACACUACAGUUACACUAGUACCCAAAGUAAAUAGUCCUACAUCUGUUAAGGAGUUUAGACCCAUAGCAUGUUGCUCUACAAUCUAUAAACUCACUGCAAAGAUUCUAACAGCAAAGUUAAAGACUGUGGUCGACUACAUUGUUGGACCUGCUCAAUUAGCAUUUAUUAAGGGAAGAAACAUAUUGGAUAAUGUUAUUAUUGCCCAUGAAUUGGUUAAAGGAUAUACUCAGAAAGGGGUCUCACCAAGAUGUUUGAUUAAAGUUGACAUAAAGGCAUAUGAUUCAGUUGAGUGGCCUUUUCUAAAGAUGAUACUGCUUGAAUUUGGUAUGCCUGUGAAGUUUGUACAGCUUGUGAUGGAGUGUGUGACAACUGUCAGCUAUUCUCCACUGAUAAAUGGAGGAUUGACGACCAAGUUCCAAGCAAAAAAUGGGCUUAGGCAAGGAGAUUCACUACCUAUUUGUAUUGGUGAUGGAAUACCUGAAUCGAUCACUGAAGACACUAGAGAGCAUUCAAGACUUCAACUACCACCCGAGGUAUCAGGACUAAAAGCAAAUAUGGAGAAAAGUGCUUUGUACAUUGCUGGAGUACCAAGGGACUUCAAAGAAGGGGUCAUUGCAGAUAUGCAAUUCACAGUAGGUGAGUUGCCAUUCAAGUAUCUAGGAGUUACUUUGUCCUCUAAGAAGUUAUCUAUCCAGCAGUGUAUGCCAUUGAUUGAAAAGACUAUUGCACGACUCAAAUGCUGGUCAACCAAAUUCCUGUCUUACAGUGGUCGAGUGAAAUUGAUCAAGAGUGUGAUAUUUGAAAUAACAUUCUUUUGGACCGGAAGUAAUGAACCUUCAAGAAGAGCACUGGUUGCUUGGGACAAGAUAUGUAUGCCACUUUUAGCUGGAGGUCUAAAUGUAAUUGAUGUGACUAAUUGGAACAAAGCUGCUUUAUGUAAACUUCUUUGGGAAUAUGGAGCAACAUUGUUAAAAUGGCUGGGAGAAAGACACCAAAUAGCUAGCUGGAAUGCUGAGAUUGAAUGUUGGCAACACUUGAGAGUAAGCUUAAUCAGUUCUGGAAUGUGCAAGUGUAUUGCUUUCCCUUUGCUUCAGAGGAACAGUUGUAGCGACUUUACAGCUGUGGGUCGUUCCCUCUGUUGUUUCUUUGACUCUGAGUGA